AUGUCUGUGACUACAGAGGAUGCCAUAAGGCCUUUUCUGACGUAUGCACCGCCUGGCUUAUUCAUAUCUUAUACACCCCACGGAAUCGUCUCCGCCCGACGGCAGAAGACCGAACUUCCAGGCUGCCUCGGACGGAGUAUAUUAACCGAGAAAAACGACGAAAGUGAGAGAUAUUGGACUUUGGACGUCGACAGUGUGGCCACAAUCGAGCGUCAUGAGCAUCCCAGUGACGAGGCUGGUAAAAGGGUUCACACGUCGCUGCCUUGCGAUCUUGAAACUAGAGACCGAAAGCUGGAGGAACAAGUAAAGCAUCAAGACCAGGAAAAUCACCGCCUGCACAAAAGAGUGAGCGGCAUCUGUGAGAGUGUCCCGACCUCUCUCAUCUCACCAAAUCUCGUCGUUCAUUUCGGUACAAGGCUCUGGAAGCGGAAUGAACGUCGCCGGGCGAAGGAGAAGGGAACGGAACGUUUCUCAGGCCAAGCCGGGAGGGGACCAACGGGGCAAGGUCUGAGUUACAUCGCCUAA